AUGAGGAGGUCGGCUUUUCGAACAACCGUUGCGCGAGCCAUUCACCCUCAGCCUCGCCGGUCUCUCAACCAGACUACCUCAAGAUGUCGCCCUGAGUUGACCUUCUCAACCACAGUUGAUGCUGACAAUCCUGUCCCGCAGAGACGCCUCCCUCCUUUUAGAUUUGAGACUGGGCUCGCCCUCUUUGCCAAACGAGCACCGAGACCUUUUCCGCCACCGUUCCUUUCUCCCCCUUCAGGAUCCUUCUCAGAUCCGCUCAGCACUCACCAUCGGAGCAGGGAUAGGCGAAGUUUUGUCAAUGGAGAGUUGAUUCGGGGAUACACGAACGGAGACGAUGCAGUAUAUGCCAGCGAUCAGUUCAUCGGGGCGAAUGAUGGGGUUGGUGCUUGGUCUACAAGACCCGGAGGGCAUGCGGGUCUGUGGGCAAGGUUGAUAUUGCAUUUCUGGGCCCUCGAAACAGAGAAAGACAUAGAACGAUCGCGAUCCCCAGACGAUGCUUACGAACCUAUGCCAGUAGAUUAUCUACAAAAAGCAUAUGAGCUUACGAUCGAAGCAACCUCCGAGCCAAAUAAGUGGCAAGGUACAACAACAGCUACUGGCGCUCAAUUACACUUCCAGAAAUCAGAGUCUGACCCGAAUGCUCCUGCUACUCCCAUACUCUAUGUCACGAACAUCGGGGAUUCUCAAGUUCUGGUUCUUAGACCAAAAGACUCGGAACGUAUCUACAAAACGACGGAGCAAUGGCAUUGGUUUGAUUGUCCUCGACAGCUAGGCACCAACAGCCCAGACACUCCUCGAGAUAAUGCAGUAAUGGACAAGGUUGAGAUUGAAGAGAAUGAUGUUGUGCUUGCCAUGUCAGAUGGGGUCAUUGACAACCUCUGGGAGCAUGAGAUCAUUGAAAACGUUGUUGAGAGCAUACGAAAGUGGGAGAACGGACAAGGUGGCGAGGCCACAGGGGAUAGGCAAGGCGGUGCAGGAGGUGGCAUGAAGUUCGUGGCAGAAGAACUGAUGAAGGCUGCAAAAGUUGUUGCCACAGAUCCUUUUGCUGAGAGUCCUUUCAUGGAACAUGCAGUUGAGGAAGGUUUAGCUAUGGAAGGAGGCAAACUUGACGAUAUCAGUGUCGUGGCUGCGUUGUGCAGGAGGAAUAAAGGCUGA